AUGGAGAAAGUGCUUGUGGGCAAAGUGCUUCUGACGAUGAUGAUCGUCUGUGUGGUGGGCAGCGCUUCUGCGCAAAGUGCUUCUAACGUGAGAGCCACGUACAACCUGUACAAUCCUCAGAAUAUCAACUGGGACUUGCGUACUGCGAGUGUCUACUGCGCAACAUGGGAUGCUGAUAAGCCAUUGUCAUGGCGCAGCAAAUAUGGAUGGACUGCCUUCUGCGGACCCGUUGGCCCUACCGGACAAGAUUCUUGUGGGAAGUGCUUACUGGUGACGAACACGGCCACAGGAGCGCAAGUGACAGUGAGGAUUGUGGAUCAGUGCAGCAAUGGAGGGUUAGAUUUGGACGUGAAUGUGUUUAACCAGAUAGACACUAAUGGACAAGGCAAUGCCCAAGGCCACCUUACUGUCAACUACGACUUUGUUGACUGUGGCGACUAA